AUGGUUAUGGCAACAGUCGCUGUCGAGCAUAUCGCACCGGUUAUAUUUAAUAAUAACCACAAUAAUUUUGCUCACGUCAGGAAGAGUUCCUUCUUUGACCCACAGCAGAAUGGCGCUUUGUUUGCCAAACUCAUGAUUGGCGAUGCCCUCCGCCGACGUGUGGAGAGUAUCGAUCAUGAAUCUUGUGAUCCAGGAGAUGAAGAUACGUUCUUCGUGGGCGAUCUCGGCGAGGUCUAUCGCCAGCAUAUGCGAUGGAAGAAGAACCUCCCACGUGUGAAGCCCUUCUAUGCCGUCAAGUGCAACCCUGACCCUCAGGUCAUAAAGCUUCUCGCGGGUUUAGGCACUGGCUUUGAUUGUGCUUCCAAGGCUGAAAUCGAACAAGUCUUGAACAUGGGCGUCGAUCCCUCGCGCAUUAUUUAUGCGCAGCCAUGCAAGACCAACUCCUAUGUGCGCUAUGUCGCCAACCAGGGCGUCAAACAGAUGACAUUCGACAAUGCUGAUGAACUGCGCAAGAUCGCUAAGCUUUAUCCUGGCGCCGAACUCUUCCUGCGCAUCUUGACCGAUGACUCCUCCAGUCUGUGCCGCUUGAGUUUGAAAUUUGGUGCCUCCCUCGACUCUACAGAUGAGCUACUGGCACUUGCACGUGAUUUGGGCCUCAAUGUGGUUGGAGUCAGUUUCCACGUCGGCUCUGGUGCUUCGGACCCUCUAGCCUUCCUCAAGGCUGUCCAAGACGCUGCCCAUGUCUUCAAGCAAGCUGCCGCUUACGGGUACGACUUGAAGACGCUUGAUGUUGGAGGCGGUUUCUGUGGCGAGUCCUUUGAGGCCAUGGCUCAUGUCCUUCGUGAGGCUCUGGACCAGUACUUCCCGCCCACCAUCGAUAUUAUCGCUGAGCCCGGUCGAUACUAUGUUGCGACAGCCUUCACCAUUGCCUGCAACAUUAUUGCCCGUCGUACCAUUGAGGAUCCCACCACUGGUGAGGCUAGCUACAUGGCUUACGUCAAUGACGGCUUAUACGGCAACUUCAGCAGCAUUAUGUUCGAUCACCAGCAUCCAGUUGCCAAGGUCCUACGUACCGGAGGCCAGACUUUGUACAACACGCCUUUUGCAGAGGCUUGUCCCGCAGGCACCAAUGGAGGCAUCGAGUACUCCAUUUGGGGCCCUACUUGUGACGGAAUCGAUCGUAUCACCGAUAGCAUCCGUUUCGACCAAGAACUUGAUGUUGGCGACUGGUUCUAUUUUGAGGAUAUGGGUGCUUACACCAAGUGCUCUGCCACCAAGUUCAACGGCUUCUCUGAUGCUCACGACGUCAUAUACGUCUGCAGCGAGCCUGGUGCUAGAGCCCUGAUGGGAAUGUAA